AAAAAUUAAUCAUAUCUUUUCAUUCAUAGAGUAACUACUAAACUCUGUCUUGUGGUUAGUAGUUUCUUUUCUAUUGGUUUAAUUUGCAGUAUUUAGUUAUUUACUUUGCAAAGAAUAAAUUUGAAGCCAAAAAUUUUUCAGCUAGAGGUAGUGAUAUCAGAAUAAUGGAUCGCGAAGAAGAGAAUAAGUUUGACCAGGAACAUGCAUACAAGCAAGCGAUGACAUUUUGUGUUGUCAAAAUUUGGCCAAAAGAUUCAGAUAUGGAUAGCAAUGUUAUUCAAGUAUUAAGGUUGUUUGAGAGAAAGGAUGAACACAUUUUUCGGAUAUCUGAAAAGAUCAGAGACAAAGUGGUAUGUGAAAUAAUUAAUAUGUUUGGUAGGGAAAAGUUGGUUCAAAGGAUGAAUAAUCUGAAAACAUAUUACUUGAACAGUAUUAAUGGAAGUAUUGAAGAGAAAAAGAAGAUCUUGACUCAACUGUAUCAAGCACUAGAUCUGCUGUCAUUUGAAAUAAAACGCAGAGGGAAAGAACUUUUGACAUUGAAGAUGCUACACACAAGCAAAAAUUUGGCUCAAGAAAAUUCAGUCCUAAGGAAGAUAAAUGUGAACCAGCAGCAGCUGAGAGAAUCAGACACUACUACUUCAACUUCACAUUUGACAGAACUUAGAGAAAUUUUAUUUCAGAUACAAUGGACAUAUCGCUACAGCUACUAUCCUUACAAUCAGAAUUAUGACACACUACUUCAACAGUUGAAAAAAGUGGAAAAGGAUAUCACAUGUGACUUAAGAGAAUGUUUGAAAAACCAAGUCAAGUUUAUAUGUGAUGAGUUAAUGGAGAUGAGGAAGAAAAAGCGUGCAGUAGAAACCAAAAUCAAACAUGCCGAGAGAGAAAUAGAGUGGAUCAAUGAAGAGAUAUGGUCUUUCCAAAUACACUUGAAAGACAAUCACUGCAGAAAGGAAGCAUCGCUUUGCAUUCUUACGAAGUGGAAAGGUGGUAGACAUUCAGAUUCUAAGUGGGAUGUCAGAUGUGGCAACCUGGAAUAUAAUUCUGUGGACAGUAGAAGAUCAUGGAUUUCCAAGUGUCCGAUUGGAUUGCUUGUUAGUACUUCUUAAAAAAAUAAAAGUACUUUUAUUGAAUUUUAAAUAAUCUUAGUUGUAUAUUGGAUUUGUUAGUACUUUUAAAGGUACAUUGGAUUGGAUUGCUUUGUAUAAAGUCUGUCAGUUAGUCAAAAAUAAUCUUAGUUGUAUAUGCUCUCUUGCUAAGAGUUGCUGCUAUAUAUACGUGUGGUUGUCUUAGCUUGCAAGUAACAAUGAUGAAUUCAAUAAUAACAUAGCAAUUCAGUUUUUUUAUUC